AUGGCGUUUCAACUUACAACCCCCAAGCGUUUACUUACUAUGUACUCCAAUAGGUUGGAGACUGCGGUUGCUCGCUUUAAGUCAGAAAAAAUUGAAGCGCUCAAUGUUGCCGCAGCAGAUGGCGACAAUCGGAACACAUUCAUGAGAGAAAGCAUGCAAAGGCUAGAGGAAGCGAUAGGGGCUUUAGAGGAGGCCGGUGGUAAGAUCCGAGAACUGUUACAGGAGUAUGCGGAAACCCUCAGUUCACUAGAGAACCCGCCAGAAAAAGAAACGAAAGACUUUGAGGAAUACACCUCCAAGGCGGAAAAGUCACUGGUCAUAGCCUUUGACUAUAUCGUCCUGCUCCAAGCUCGCUUAAGAGCUUUCAAGUCCUUCAAGGAGGAUAUCAUUUCAAGUGAAGAGAUGAUCUCCAUCUACGUCGGACGACCAUCGUCACCGAGAACUCAGGAACGGAAUGAGUAUCAGAAGAAACCAUUUCACAAGCCUCUUAAUACUUGCAUGUAUUGUGGCAAAAAUCACAAAUCAGGAGAAUGCGACAAGUACAAAUCUCCACAAGAGAGAUCUAACUAUCUUCGGGAAAGGAAGCUUUGCCUGAUUUGUGCUUCACCUCGUCAUGCGACGGCUCUAUGGACAGAAGUUAAGAAGGAUGGUAAUAAGAAUGGACGAGGUACUGUAAGUGCAAGGCAAGGUCACAAGGCUGAUAAAGGCACAGUGGAGGUCAACAACGUAGGCCAAGAGAGUACUUCGGAAGAAGAAGCAAGCAUCCUGGAAUUGCACUCAGAGAGACUCUCCGUUCAGGCACAUAACACCUUUUUGCCCACGGGACAAGCAACAGUUCUUGACACGAACACUAAGGUUAUGAGAAGAAUUACGGUACUGUUGAACACAGGAGCACAAGUCUCGUUCAUAGAUGCCACUGAAAUGGCCAAGAUUCGGGUCGUGCCCAGGACCACAUGGGAACCAGUAAUCAAUCAAUAUCUAUGCGACGCGCGUCAUCAGUCGAUUAACAUUAAACUGUGGUGA